AUGGUGAGGGUUAGCGUCCUGAACGAUGCUCUCAAGAGCAUGUACAACGCUGAGAAGCGUGGCAAGAGGCAGGUCAUGAUUAGGCCCUCCUCAAAGGUGAUCAUCAAGUUCCUCAUCGUCAUGCAGAAGCACGGUUACAUUGGUGAGUUUGAGUAUGUUGAUGACCACAGAUCUGGCAAGAUUGUUGUGGAGUUGAACGGGAGACUGAACAAGUGUGGAGUCAUCAGUCCCCGCUUUGAUGUUGGUGUCAAGGAGAUUGAGGGGUGGACCGCCAGGCUGCUUCCAUCUCGUCAGUUUGGCUACAUCGUCCUGACAACCUCUGCUGGCAUCAUGGAUCACGAGGAAGCCAGGAGGAAGAACGUUGGUGGCAAAGUGCUAGGCUUUUUCUACUGA